UUUGUGUUUCUUUUUGUGUGUGUGUAAAAAGGGAGGAGUUUGUAUGGGGCGCAUUUGAGUAACUGAAGGGAGGCUUUGUGAGUUUAUGCAAAAAGGGUUUUUGGUAGUUAUGUUUGUAUCUGAGAUUUUUGUAGGGUUUAAGCGAGAAUGUUAAAGGAAAAAUUAAAAUAAAACGUAAAGAGGGGAAGUGGAGCGAGAAAGGAAAAGUAAAAGAGACGUGGUCUUUCUCAUAUACACAGAUCCCUAUGGAAUGAAGGAGCGCCCCCCAGCAUUGCUUGCUUGAAUUCAUUCUUUUUGUUUAGUUUAAAGAGACCAAUUUUGUUCACUUUAGAGCGAGAAGACAGAGGCUGAGUGAGAGAGAAAAAGAGUGCAUAGAUUUAAGAGUUCUGGACCAUUGGAAAUGUUCUUGCAACGAGUUCUGCUACUAGACAACAAAAGGCCAAGCUUUCAGAUGGGAGGGAGGCAAGAGAUUUCGGUAUGAUUAGUUUAUUUUUGCUUCAAUGAUUGAGUUGCCUUGCAGCUGGGUAUAUGUAACUGCUGAGGAACUUCUUGAAUAAGAAAAGCAAGAGAGAGAGAGAGAGAGAGAGAGAGAGAGAGGAAGAUGAAGACUAUGAACGACAAUAGCAAUGGCAGCAAUAAUCACUGGCUGGGUUUCUCUCUUUCACCCAACAUGAAAAUGGAGGUAGCUACUGAUCCCCAACACCGUCAUCAUCAGUACCCUCAUCAUAGUCAAGCUGCUUCAGCAGCUGCUCCUGCUGUUUCUUGUAUUUCUAAUGCUGUUCCUACAAGCUUCUACUUGCCUUCUCACCUCAAUGGUACUGGAAUCUGCUAUGGAGUUGGAGAAACUGGAGGCUUUCACGCUCCCUUGUCUGUUAUGCCACUUAAGUCAGAUGGGUCGCUAUGCAUAAUGGAAGCACUUAGUAGAUCACAAUCAGAAGGGAUUGUACCUACUUCAUCUCCAAAACUGGAGGACUUUUUGGGUGGUGCAACAAUGGAGACUCAUCAAUAUGGAAGCCACGAAAGAGAGGCAAUGGCUCUGAGUUUAGACAGCAUGUACUACCACCAAAAUGCAAACCAGGAAACUAACAGGCAUCAUUCUCUGGAACUUCUUCAAGAACCAUUUAGGCAACAAGACCAAGAGUUUGAUGUUCAAACUCAUCCUUACUAUUCAGCCUUGGCCUGCCAAGGCAUGUAUCAAUCGCCAUUGGAGGAAACCAAGGAUGCCCAACUUACACACUGUAAUUCCCAGAUUCCUCAAUUGGGAGAGGAAACAAUGCCAUGCUUUAAAAACUGGGCAACUAGACAGUACUCUACCCAUAGUUCACUGGAACAGCAGAUGACUAAUAGCAUGGUUGAUGAUGGGGCUGCUUCUGGGUCUGUUGGUACAAUGGGUUGCGGGGAUUUACAGUCACUCAGUUUGUCAAUGAGCCCCGGAUCUCAGUCCAGUUGUGUUACAGCUCCAAGACAGAUCUCACCUACUGCCACUGAAUGUGUGGCCAUGGAAACAAAGAAGAGAGGGACUGGAAAAGUGGGCCAGAAGCAACCUGUUCAUAGGAAGUCGAUUGACACAUUUGGACAGAGAACAUCCCAGUAUAGAGGUGUUACUAGACAUAGAUGGACGGGUAGAUAUGAAGCUCAUCUCUGGGAUAACAGUUGCAAGAAGGAAGGACAAACCAGGAAAGGGAGGCAAGUUUAUCUUGGGGGUUAUGACAUGGAAGAGAAAGCUGCUAGAGCUUAUGAUCUUGCGGCUCUUAAGUAUUGGGGACCUUCCACGCAUAUAAAUUUUCCGCUUGAAAAUUACAGAGAUGAACUGGAGGAAAUGAAGAACAUGAGCCGCCAGGAAUAUGUUGCCCAUCUGAGGAGGAAAAGUAGUGGGUUUUCCAGAGGGGCCUCGAUGUACAGAGGAGUAACAAGGCAUCAUCAGCAUGGAAGAUGGCAAGCUCGCAUUGGCAGGGUUGCUGGAAACAAAGACCUUUAUCUUGGAACAUUUAGCACCCAAGAGGAAGCAGCUGAAGCUUAUGACAUUGCUGCCAUUAAGUUCCGAGGUGUCAAUGCUGUGACCAACUUUGACAUAACAAGAUAUGAUGUUAAAAGGAUCAUGGCUAGCAAUACUCUCCUUGCUGGUGAGCUAGCUAGGGGAAAGAAAGAGACAGAUUCAAACAAUGAGGCCAACGAUUACAGUACACCGAUUCUAACGAAUGAAGAGACUCAACCUGACGUCAACAAUAGGAAUGCUUCAGACUGGAAGAUGGCUUUGUAUCAAUCACCACAGCAACAACCAAGCAUUGGUGCUGUUGAGUCGCUUGACCAGAAGUCCGUGAGUACCGGAAAUUAUCGAAAUCCCACUUUCUCAAUGGCCCUGCAAGAUCUCGUUGUUGAUUCAGUGAGCUCUAGCCAGCCAUUGUUGGAUGAAUCCACCAAGCUAGGGACUCAAUAUUCCAACCCAUCAUCGUUGGUAACCUGUGUGAGCGACUCGAGAGAAGGCAGCCCUGAUAAAACAGGCUCCGCAAGGCUUUUUGCUAAGCCUCCCUUGGCAUCAAAGUUGAUUAGUCCAACUAAUGGUGUUAGUUGCUUCCCAUCAGCAGCAGCUGAACUGAGGCCCGGUGCUCUCUCAAUGGCCCACUUGCCCCUUUUUGCUGCCUGGAACGAUACCUAAAUCCCUUUUCUCCUGUUACUGGAACAUGUUGAAGUUUUGCAUGAGGAAGAAAAAGUAACAAAAUCAGUGGAGUUAGGAGAAAAGUAAGAUUUUGAUUAAUGUAUUUUUUAAGGUGCAGUUAGUGGGAAGGAAUUUGGGGUUAACGAAAGACGGGUGGGGGGCCAGU